AUGUCAACUCCAUCAACCAACAACAAAGUUGCUGAAGAUCAAGCUUUAGUUUUCAAGACAGAGAGAUGUGUUGAAUCAGUCAUGAAAAAGACAACCAUUGGUGCUGUUGCUCCAUUAGGUCUAUUACUUUUCACUAGCAGAUUAAAGGUUGUUGGAUCAUUUAUGUUGUUGGGUGCCGGUAUUGGUAUGGGUAUGGGAAUCAACCAGUGUAAACACCAAAAGAUUGAGAAUUUCAAGGUUGCCUGUGAACAUGCCACUGCAAAGGUCGACGCCACCAUGGAGAAAGCUAAGGCUACUCAAGCCAAGAAAAUAGAACAACUCAAGGCUUUAGGUGAAUCGGCAAAGGAGAAUGCCAAGGAAAAGGUUGAGAAUGUCAAGGAAAAGGUUGACAACACCAAAGAAAAAGUUGAAGCCGUUACCACAAAGGUUGCUAAUGCCACCAAAGACAAGAUAGAUUCUGUAACCAAAGCAGAUACUCCAUCAUCACAAUAA